AUGCCGCGAUACGAGCCUUUCACUUUCAAGCUGUCACGGCGGCAGGUGAGAGAGAAGAAGGAAAUCACCCUGAUAAGCAUUCGACAACGCCCGUCCAUCCUGCAUCCAGCCCGCCCACGCACUCCAUCCCUGUUCUUCCCGACCAGCGGGCAUCAAAGAAAACAAAAACGUGCGUGCCCUUCCUUGCCGUCCUUAUCUCUGACGCACCUGUCGGAUUCGCCCCAGCAAGCCCGGCAUCAUCCCAGCUCCGUUCACUCACUCACUCAGCCCGCAGGCCCUCUAGCCCCGACGCCACCGCUGCCUACCGUUGGGACCAUGGGCCACACCAAGGCAGAGAGGCCAGCGCGAGUCGCUGUUCCAAGGUCGCCAUCCUGGCAGCUCGUCCCCGCCCACGCGCGGCUUCAGGCCCCCCGAUGGCGGCGGCGGCAACCCAGCCCAUUAUUAUGCUUAAAAUCUUGCGCAGCCCGACCCCCCAAUACCAGCCAACCACGGCGGCUGCGUCUACCGGCAGCAACGGCGCACCCACCCACUCAGGCGCUCAGUAAGGCACGUAUCCACGUUCGUUUUUACUGCAUCCUGCCCCUCAGCCGUGCGAAGAAACGGGCGGUCGUGGUGUUGGGGACAGGACGUCUGGAGGAGCGCAUCCGGUGUAUUAUCGGCGGCUGA